CGGUUGGGUGAGAAUCGUGAGCGCGUCGCCAUGUUAGGCGGCGCAGAGGAAGCGGGUAAAGCGCAGUCCUGCUCGGAUCGUGUGCGGCUGCAGAGACACGCAGCCCGACGAGCGCCCGGAUGGCAGCUGCAAGCGAGAGGAGGGCUUUUGCUCACAAAAUCAACAGGACAGUGGCAGCAGAGGUGAGGAAGCAGGUCUCCAGAGACUACGGCUCUCCGCUGCUGUCCAAGAAACGCUCCGGAGUCCAUCAACCUGUUCCCCUGACGGAGGUGGUGGAGCCUCUGGAUUUUGAGGACUAUGUGAGUAGCCACGCCCCCGGGGCGGAGCCUGGGCCCCUGCAGCUGCUGCUGGAGUUUCCCCCCGACGACCUGCAGCUAAUCCUGCAGGACAGAGAGAGCAGCACCCUGGAGCCCAAUCAGCCUGAGGAGGGCUCACUGGACCCCAGAGUGAGGGACGCCCUGAGUGUUUACACUGAGCCCUGGCUCAUCAUACAGAGAAAGUACCAGCACCUCAGUACCAGCCAGACCCCCCACGCCUCCGAGCGGCAGAGAGACAGACAACGAGGCCUGGCCAGGCAGACCUUUGAGCUGGACGAGAUAGCUGCUGAUCGCCAUGACGACCAGGAGGAUGCGAAGCGGCGCUCUGUCUCUCUGGACGACGCCCCGCGGGGCAGCUGGGCCUCCAGUAUCUUUGACCUGAAGAGCUGCAGUGCAGACAGCCUGUUGCCGUCGGUGCUGGAGCGCACAGCGGCCGAGGACAUGGACCGGCGCAACGCCCAGGCCCGCCGGCAUGGCCGCCACCCCGACCUGCUGGGGCUCUUCCCCGCCCCCGAUGAGGAUGAAGCUGUGGAGCGCUGCACUCUGCCUGAGGUCCCUAAGGAGCACUCCGGCCAGAGGAUCAUGGUCAAGUGUCUCUCUCUGAAAUUUGAAAUAGAAAUCGAACCCAUCUUUGGAAUUUUGGCUCUGUAUGAUGUGAAGGAGAAGAAGAAGAUAUCAGAGAACUUCUACUUUGACCUGAACUCAGAUCAGGUGAAGGCACUGCUACGGCCCCACACCCCCCACGUGGCCAUCUCUACCCUGGCCCGCUCCGCCAUCUUUUCCAUCACCUACCCCUCCACAGACAUCUUCCUGGUCAUAAAGCUGGAGAAGGUUCUGCAGCAGGGCGAUAUUGCUGAAUGCUGUGAGCCCUACAUGGUCAUGAAGGACUCGGAUUCCUCUAAGCAUAAGGAGAGGUUGGAGAAGUUGCGUGUGCAAGCAGAACAGGCUUGUUCUCGUCUGGGUCGGUACCGAAUGCCGUUUGCCUGGACCGCCAUCCACCUGCUCAACAUCGUCAGCAGCGCCGGGGGGCUGGAACGGGCUGACUCUGACUCUGACUCUGAACGCAAGGGAACCUGGAAUGAGAGGAAGAAGAAAGGAUUUGAGCGGAUGAGUGUGGGAGAGGAGAUGUGUAACUUUGCAUCCUUUCGCCCUGCCACUCUUACUGUCACUAACUUCUUUAAACAGGAGGGAGACCGGCUGAGUGAUGAAGAUCUCUACAAGUUUCUGGCUGACAUGCGCAGACCGUCAUCUCUCCUACGCAGACUGAGACCUGUGACAGCUCAGCUGAAGAUAGAUAUUUCCCCAGCCCCAGAGUCUCCCCACUACUGCCUGUCUCCAGAGCUGCUCCAUGUGAAACCGUACCCUGACCUGCGCGUUCGCCCCACCAAAGAGGUGCUGGAGUUCCCUGCCCGCUACGUCUACACCCCCCACACCACCUACAGGAACUUGCUGUAUGUGUACCCUCAGAGUGUGAACUUCAGCAGCCGCCAGGGCUCGGUCAGAAACAUCGCAGUCAAGCUGCAGUUCAUGGCAGGAGAGGAUCCCAGCCAGGCCUUGCCUGUCAUCUUUGGCAAGUCCAGUUGUGCAGAAUUCCAGAAGGAGGCAUACACUCCUGUGAUCUACCAUGACAAGUCUCCAGAGUUCUAUGAGGAGGUGAAACUGAAGAUUCCUGCUGAUCUGACAGAUAAUCACCACCUCCUCUUCACCUUCUACCACAUCAGCUGUCAGCCCAAGCAGAACACUCCUCUGGAGACUCCAGUGGGCUACACAUGGAUCCCUCUGAUGCAGCACGGCCGUCUGCGCACUGGCUCCUUCAGCCUGCCUGUGUCAGUGGAGAAACCCCCACCCAGCUACUCCGUCCUUACUCCUGAUGUGCAGCUUCCUGGAAUGAAAUGGGUCGAUAAUCACAGAGGAGUUUUCAACGUGGAAGUGAAGGCUGCCUCUUCAGUUCACACUCAGGACCCUCACCUGGAUAAGUUCUUCAGCCUGGUGGAUGCUUUGGAGGAGUAUGCUUUCCCCUUUCGUCUGAAAGAUGUCAUCAUCACGGAGGCCAAUGUGGAAGCUGAGCUGAAGGCCAGCAUGGCCCACCUGCGGGGGGCGCUGUUGGACACCUGUGUGCGCUUCCUGCAUCAGCUGCUCAGCAAACUCAUCCUGCUGAUUGUUCAUCCCCCCGUUAUCGCUGGGCAGAUCGUGAAUCUGGGGCGGGCUGCAUUUGAAGCCAUGGCUCUGUUGGUCAAUCAGAUGCAUAAGAACCUGGAGGGAAACCAGGACCAUCAUGGCCGUAACAACCUGCUGUCCUCCUACAUCUACUACUGCUUCCACCUGCCAAGCUGCGAGCCAGCUGCCCAGCCCAGCGCUGCUGCUUCUGCGUAUGAGGUGCCCAUCCAGUAUGCCACAUUGUCACGGGCAACAGCGCGGCCAAGCAGCCUCCACCUGUCCCGUUCCAAGAGCAUCAGCAAUUCCAACCCUGACCUGGCGACCACACCCGCCUCACCCGAUGAGGAGGUGCAGAGAAUCAUUGGGAGCAAGGGGAUUGACCGCUCUCACUCCUGGGUGAACUCUGCUUACGCCCCCGGGGGCUCCAGGUCUGUGCUGCGCAGGAACCCCAACUCCAGCUGCGAGCUGAAGCAGGCCUGUGAUCGCAGCUCCAAUCGCAUGUCUGCUUUCCUGGAGAGCGCCCCCUACUGCCCAACUCCCACCCGGCAGAUUGCCAGGAAGCUGCUGCAUGAGGAGCUGGCCCUGCAGUGGGUUGUGAGCACCAGCGCAGUCCGAGAGGCAGCACUGCAGCAGGCCUGGUUCUUCUUCCAGCUCAUGGUGAAGAGCAUGUCCCAUCAUCUGUUUCUUUCGUCUCGUCUGGACGUCCCGAGACGCCAGCGAUUUCCUGACCGCUUUGUGGAUGACAUCGCGGCCUUGGUGUGCGCCAUUAGUGCAGAUAUUGCAAGCCGUUACCACAAGGAUGUGGAGCUGAUAGAGAGGUUGAACAGCAGUCUUGCAUUUUUCCUUAAUGAUCUCCUGUCACUCAUGGACCGAGGCUUUGUCUUCAAUCUCAUUCGUUCCUACUACAAACAGAUUUCCAGUAAGCUGCACUCCACUCCGAACCCCAGCUCUCUGACCGCACUCCGGAUGGACUUCAUUCGCAUUGUCUGCAGCCAUGAGCACUACGUCAUCCUGAACCUGCCCUGCUCCACCCUCAGCCCCCCAGCCUCACCCUCACCCUCAACAUCCUCCACUACCUCACAGAGCUCUGCGUUCUCCUGCCAGGUGCAGGAUCAGGGCGUGGCCAGCAUGUUUGAGCUGUCCCUCCCGUUCAGACAGCAGCACUUCCUGUCAGCUCUGCUGCUGUCGGAGCUGGCGCUCAUCCUGGAGCCGGAGGGAGAGGGGGCCUUCUUCCUCCAUAAGAAGGCGAUCAGCGCUCUGCACGCCCUGCUCUGCGGCCACGAUGCGGAUCAGCGUUACAGUGACCCCCAGGUCCGCGCGCACAUCGCACAGCUGUACUUGCCCCUCCUUCCCAUCGUCAUGGAGACCCUGCCCCAGCUCCACGACUUCACAGAGAUAUCACCUGCUCGGGUUCGACACGCCUCGGCCGCUGCUGAUGACGUGGACUCAGACAACAGCAGCACCAUCAGCCAGUCCGUUGCCAUGGCAAUAGCAGGCUCCCCGCUGCCACACUCCAAGUCCAACCCCUUCGCUCUCCCAGCUGUGGCUGGGAGGCCAUGUUCCUCUCUGUCUGCGGAGUGCAGUAAGACUCUGCUGGUGUGCUUUCUGUGGGUGCUGAAGAAUGCAGACUCAGACCUGCUGGAAAGAUGGGUUUCAGAUCUCUCAGUCCUGCAGAUCAAUCGCCUGCUAGACCUGCUACACCUCUGUGUGUCCUGCUUUGAGUAUAAGGGGAAGAAGGCCUUGGAGCGGAUCAACAGCCUGACGUUUAAGAAGUCUCAGGACAUGAAGGCUCGGCUGGAGGAAGCCAUCCUGGGCACCAUCGGCGCGAGGCAGGAGAUGGUGCGACGCAGCCGAGAAAGGAGUCCCUAUGGCAACCAGGAGAAUGUCCGAUGGAGGAAAAAUGUGUCUCACUGGAGACAGAACACAGAUCGAGUGGACAAAACAAAAGCAGAGCUGGAGCAGGAGUCUGUGGUGGAUGGGAAUUUGGCUACUGAAGCUUCGCUGAUUGUUCUAGACACACUGGAGAUCAUUGUGAAGACGGUGAUGAUGUCAGAGCUGAAGGAAAGCGUUCUCGGGGGCGUGCUCAGAGUGCUGCUGCACAGCAUGGCUGGGAACCAGAGCGCCCUCUUUCUGCAGCACUGCUUCACUACACAGAGAGCGCUCGUCUUCAAGUUCCCUGAGAUGCUGUUUGAAGAGGACACGGAGCUGUGUGCAGACCUGUGUCUGCGUCUCCUGCGGCACUGCAGCGGCAGCGUGGGCUCCGUCCGCAGCCACGCCAGCGCCUCCCUCUACCUGCUCAUGCGGCAGAACUUCGAGAUCGGCAACAACUUUGCUCGUGUGAAAAUGCAGGUGACCAUGUCUCUGUCCUCUCUGGUGGGGAUGUCUCAGAACUUCAAUGAGGAGCACCUGCGUCGCUCCCUCAAGACCAUCCUCACCUACGCUGAGGAGGACCUGGAGCUGAGGGACACGCCCUUCCCAGACCAGGUGCAGGACCUGGUGUUCAACCUCCACAUGAUUCUCACUGACACGGUGAAGAUGAAGGAGUACCAGCAGGACCCAGAGAUGCUCAUCGACCUGAUGUACAGGAUUGCUAAGGGCUAUCAGACGUCUCCAGAUUUGCGUCUGACGUGGUUGCAGAACAUGGCAGGGAAGCACUCUGAGCGGGGGAACCAUGCGGAGGCUGCCCACUGCCUGGUGCACAGUGCUGCCCUGGUGGCAGAGUACCUCAACAUGCUGGAGGACUGUCGCUACCUCCCCAUCGGCUGUGUGUCUUUCCAGAACAUUUCCUCUAACGUGCUGGAGGAGUCUGCAGUGUCUGACGACGUGCUCUCCCCUGAAGAGGAAGGAGUCUGUGCGGGGAAGUACUUCACCGAGUCUGGCCUGGUGGGGCUGCUGGAGCAGGCAGCUGCCUCCUUCAACAUGGCGGCGAUGUAUGAGGCCGUUAAUGAGGUCUAUAAGAUCUUGAUCCCCAUUCAUGAGGCGAGCCGGGACUUCAAAAAGCUGGCAACUGUUCAUGGCAGGUUGCAGGAUGCCUUCAACAAGGUGUAUAACCAGAGCUCUGGAUGGGAGAGGAUGUUUGGGACCUAUUUCCGUGUGGGUUUCUAUGGCUCCCGCUUUGGCGAUCUGGACGAGCAGGAGUUUGUGUACAAGGAACCGUCCAUCACCAAACUGGCUGAGAUUUCACACCGGCUGGAGGAGUUUUACAUGGAGCGUUUUGGAGACGAUGCUGUGGAGAUCAUAAAGGACUCAAACCCAGUCGACAAGAGCAAGCUGGACCCCAAUAAGGCAUACCUGCAGAUCACCUAUGUGGAGCCCUUCUUUGACACCUAUGAGCUGAAAGAGCGCAUCACCUACUUCGACAAGAAUUACAACCUGCGCACCUUCAUGUACUGCACCCCCUUCACACUGGACGGGCGAGCGCACGGCGAUCUGCAUGAGCAGUACAAGCGCAAAACCAUCCUCACCACGUCCCACGCCUUCCCCUACAUAAAGACCCGCAUCAACGUCAUCCACAAAGAGGAGGUGAUUUUGGUGCCGAUAGAAGUGGCGAUUGAAGACAUGCAGAAGAAAACCCAAGAACUGGCCUUCGCCACACAGCAGGACCCCGCUGAUGCUAAAAUGCUACAGAUGGUUCUACAGGGCUGUGUGGGAACCACUGUCAACCAGGGUCCGCUGGAGGUCGCACAGGUGUUUCUGUCUGACAUCCCUGAGGACCCAAAGCUCUUCCGCCAUCACAACAAGCUCCGGCUCUGUUUCAAAGACUUCAGCAAGAGGUGUGAGGACGCGCUGAGAAGGAAUCGCUCUCUGAUUGGUCCGGAUCAGAAGGAGUACCAUCGCGAGCUGGAGAGAAACUACGCCAAGCUGAAGGAAUCUCUCUUCCCCCUCAUCAACCGCAAGAUCCCCCAACUCUACAAACCCCUGCCCCUCCCACCCACACACUCCCAGCGAAACUCCUUCAGUCGAUCAAGUCUUCGAAAAGUGGACUGCUGAGAAUCAGUGAAUCAAGGAUGUUAAAAUACAGUCACUCUCACAUUCAUUUUCCCUCCUGUGUUGUGUCUGAGAGUGCGCUUUCUCUGCCCUGUGUGAGAGCGCGCUUUCUCUGUCCUGUGUGAGAGCGCGCUUUCUCUGCCCUGUGUGAGAGUGCGCUUUCUCUGACCUGUGUGAGAGCGCGCUUUCUCUGCCCUGUG